AGCACGAUGUAGAACAAACCACGUGACAAGAACCACGUGACAAGAACCACGUGACAAUAACCACGUGACAAGAACCACGUGACACAGACCACGUGACAUGACCUCUCUUACCGAGAGGGUGGAACACUUCCUACCUCUAUCCCUCAACGAGUUCGAGACACGCUUUGUAAAGGAGUUGUACGAGAAAAUAACAGAGAAGAAGAUAGAAAGUUGGCACGUAGAGGAGGCUGUUAGUCGGAUAUGUGCAAAUAAAACAGGGGUGUGCUCCAGAGAUAAACUAGGUGAGGUUAUAAAAGAGCUGGAGAGACGCGAGACGCUGCAAAGACAGUUGUUAUGGGAUGUAAGGUUCCUACAUGGUAGUGACAGUACACUGGUAACCCUUGACAACGCAUUUAUUCUCUUCAAGAGUUACUUCGGACAGAGUUUUGGUAUAAAAGACUGGGAAGUAUUCACCAAGAAUCGCAACAGAUCAGGACCAGCGACUUUCCUGGAGCUCAGGAAUGCGGUGUGUAACUACAUACCAAGUAGCAGUGAUAAUAGCACGGAAGAUGUAGAGGACUACAUUGAAGAACUAAAGAAACCAGCAGCACCUGCAAAGUACACUGAAACAGACCGGGAGAGAGACAGGAGGAGACAGAGAUACAAAGACAAUGCAAGCAGCUGGUUAGGAGACCAGAGGAAACUACUUACCUCUGGAGCUGUUACUACAGACAUGUUCAUCUCAGCUCUUCAUCUCAAGUACAGGGUCCUUUGCAAGGUGGCACUGAAACAAGCGCUAGAAAGAGAAGCAGGAGAGGAGGCGUGGCUCAUCAAAACAGAGACAGAGAAAGAAGAGCUGGUCUCAACUUUAGAGGCAAGGGUGGAAACAUUGAGAAACAUGGACAGGCUCUUGUACUGUGACCAUGCCCUCAAUUUGAAAGGUUUGUUGACUACAAAGGGUGGGCUUUACAACGUUAUGGGUCUACACCAGCUGGAGUCUAAGAUAUUCGCUAAUAAAAUGAUAAAACAUCGGCAGAAACUAUUCAGGGCCGGUAAGGAUGAGUCCUACGUAAAAGAGAGGGAAAUGGUGGAAUAUUCUCGAAAAAGAAAGGAAAACGAGAGCAACUCUUCAAACAUAUUAUACGAUCUACAAAGAAGACUAGGAGAAGAGCUGGAGCUGUUGAAGAAGCAACUCUCAGGAGGAAUGGGUAGAGUGUGGGGCUCAAGAGAGAGAGAUACUAUGCUAGCACUGCUCUACUUUCAUCAGUACCGAGCUACAGUUGAGACAGCCUUCAGACCAAGUGUUCUCAGUGUGUCACUAGUUGAACACGUGUCACCCCUUCCAGAAGAGAGGUUAUUCGAGGAUUACGACAGGUGGUACGAUCUAGCAAGGUAUAGAGUUACCAGAAUCAUAUUUGAUGACGACUACGACAGUUUAACAGGACUACCCCUCACCCCACUAUCCCUCCCUCCUGUCCUAUCUCUCACAUCCUCCCAGAACACGCUCAGACACUGUCUUGUGUUGUUACACCGCGUACAUGAAGCCCAGUGUGUGUACCUGCAAUUCCUCCUCUUCUCUGACCUAGAUGAGGAAGAUCACAUAAAGCUUCUCUCAUCCAGCCAGGAUGAGUUGGAGGACGCUCUAGCAUACAUCCGACAACUGAGGAAUGACUGGAGACUGAGGUAUGAUGGGGUGAGAGCGGAAGAAGAACUACUCGAACAAUAUGAACUGCUCAAGAAGGCCAUGUUUAUUAAGGUGUUACUGAUACAGUACAAACAUGACCUGCUAGAGGAUGCUGACAGUGCCAUGGUAGUCGUUAUGAGUGAGCUGCUACAAAUACAAGAGACUGAGUUGGCUGUGCUCAUCUCUCAGCUAGUUGUUACGAGCACAGAUGAGGUGGAGAAGGUAAAGACAGGAUUGAAGGAGACAUCUGAGUCUGGAUACAAUGAUAACGUGGCCCACGUCCUGUUAUCAGGGGUCGCUGAGUACGACGACAGUGUAUUACUCGAGAUAGUGAACAUGAAGUACGAAGAGCUGAAAAGAGUCUGGAAUAGACAACUCGUCUCCAGUAAUCUGAAUAAAGGCCUAUCAGAGACAGAGUUGUUGAUGAAGGAGCGGGAUUUGUACGCUUCGGGGCAAUUGUACGACGCUAAAAAUGUCUUCGGAGACUGUGUUGUCCACAAGUGGGGUCUACAUGGACUAAUGGGCCCUAACAGAGAGAUAACGGAAGACACGUGGUCGGGGCAGGGCCAGGAGGAGAUAGUGUUUGAGGAGGAGCCCUCUGAUAACAUCCUCAUGGACGUGCAGUUCAGGUAUAAAGACGAUAAAGCCUAUCUGCUGAGUGAACUAAAGAAUGCUAAACCUCGUCAGAGAAUGUACGAACAUUCUCUGCUUGAAUACCAGAUUUACCUCCUACAAGAGUACAGUAACUUUGAUGCUGCAGCUAGCUAUGUGGGACUGGUAGAAAAGGUUCACAUCCACCCUCAAUACAAACUGAGUCAAAACUGGGGCAUCCUAAAGAGAAUAUCAGACCAUGUGUUGUGUUGUAAUGUUGAAAAACAGCCCACAUUUCAGCAUAUCAACCUCCUCUCACACUCACUCUUCCUCGAAGGCACGUUUAGACAAGUGUUACGAAAGACGAUGAUAUAUUUGUUACAGAAGAAACAUCUUGGAGAACAGAGAGCUUUUAGCUUCAUACUUAAUGUUGAUCAGGUAAAGAAGAGUGAGCAGAUGGAGCUGAAGAUGGAGGAGACCAGAUUACGGGAGAUAAGGAGUGAGAUGUGUAGCGGUCAAAUUGCGGGAACUUUCCUCGCUUCUCUCCAAAACAAACAGUUGGCAGUGUUCCAAGAGCUGGUGGCACAUUCCAGUAAAGAUAAGAGCAGGCUGAUGUCGGAACUAUUGCUCUCAGAGAUGGACGAGACUGCAACCUGUAUCGCUGAUAUGCUCACUAUGGGAAAGUUGGAACUCUCAGUUCUAGUUCACUCAGUAAGAGAGGGUAUAACAACAGGAUACAAUGAUAAUAUCUCGCACGUGCUAUGUGCUUCAGAUCCUGUAGCUGAAUGUGAAGAGAGCUUAAAGGCGUGGUUUCUGGCAGUACUGAGAAAACUCCUACCCUCUGAUAUCCCAGCCAGCCAGUCAGUGUACAAGAAGCUUACCUCCCCCGACCUCCCGACCCCGGAGGUGCUACAAGGAGUGGAUAUAGUCCCAGCUGAGAAGAGGUGGGGCCUGUUACCCUCUCAAAUAACUGCAGUACUGGAGGCUAUGAGAACUGAGGAGCAGUUACUAAAGGAUGAGGAACUGUCUGAAGAGGAGCUGAAACUGAGGAUAGAGGAAGUGUACAGAACACAAACAUUACACUGUCUUAAAGAGACUCCUAAUCUUAUCACCGCUAUUAGUAACUACAGGUCGGAGAUAUCGCAUAUUUCGACAAACUCAAAACCGACUCUUACCAGUCUCUACAUCUCUUACGGUAACAUCCUGAUAAACCAACAACCCCUUGUACCUGAACGGGUUAUAUUCUGCUACCUGUCUCACUUGCUAAGAAUGAUGGUCAGUGCCGACCAUCUGACUUGUGAGGACACGGUUAAAGAUGCUGCCAGGACUUUCCUUGCAGGAUACAAUGCAGAGUGGGCAGCUAAAACCAAGCUGGGCAGUACAGGCAUGUUCUCCCUGGUCAGGGACUACAGCAACAUCCACUACAGCAUCCGCUCCUACAGGGAGUACAUACUGUCAUGUCUACACAAACACCACGGAAUGGAGAUCUCCCUGUUCUGUGGCCUCCUCCUGGAUAGUGACAGUGGGAUAGAAGAGGCUAUGCCACAAGCGGACAGGGUUACUGAGAUGAAGAAGCUACAUGAUCAGUGGAAGAGGGUUCAGGAGGCUCUAAGGGCUAUGACACUAUUUAACGACAGAUCAGCAGAUCAGAUCUCCCAGCUCCACGCCCAGCAGAGAACCCUUCUCUCUACAGCCCUCUCCCUCAAGUAUGGUAGUGUGAUGAAACGGGUCAAGUACCGGGAGAAUAGUGGGCAUGUCACAUUGGAAGAGGCAAGAGUGGAGUUGUUGUCAGAACUUAUAAAACAUCACAUUCAAGACAUCGUGGAAAGUAUCCGCUCUCUCCACGACAUGACGAUGCUGGAGUUAGCAAGUCUGAAGAUCACACUCCACCACAAUGUUAAAGCAGGGAUUGUGGGCUCUGUUGCUGUCGUCUGUUUUACUCCUCUACUUCUUGACAAGGACGAACAGGUAGCCCAGGAGUUAGAAGAUAAGUAUGAUCUACUGAAGGAUAAACUGUACGCUGCUGCACUGAUGAAGGAGGCUGGGGAACAGGAGUGGGCUUUACUUUCUGAGAAAGAGCGCCAGAAAAGGAUAUUAGAGAUGAGAAAAAAAGCUAUGAAGCUUAAAAGAGAAGGUAAAGAAGACGAGAUGGAGCGAAUGUUUGCUGAUGCCCUAGCUAACGACAAAGGAAUGAUAGAAAUACUUGGGAUGUCUAAGGAACAGUACCUGAAGUCGUUAGAAGAGAAGAGGAAGCUUCGUAAAGAGACCCGUAAGAAGGUGCUAGAAGACGGAACUGAGGUGGAAGUGGAGGUGGAAGUAGACGAGGAGGGAAAUGUGGUGGACAAUAAGUUUACUAGUAUUCUGGAUGCUCUCAAUAAGAAUUUCGAGUCUGAGAAGGACGCGCUGAUGAAGCAGCUCCGAGACAGUGGGGACCAGUUCUCCGCCGCCAGAGAAAGACAGGCCAUGUUAGUGAAACUGAGACUGGAGAAGAAGAAACUGGAUCAGCAGGGCACGUUCGAUCAGGCUGCUCUCAUUCUGGGGCAAGCUAAUGCUAUGGGGGACAGGCAGCUGUCAGAGAAGGAGAGGCAGAUUGCCCUUGCCAAGGCUAGGAUUGCAGCUCGGAAAAACAAGCUUAAAAAAGCAAAUUCUAAGACAGGACUCCUCCUCGACAGUGAGGAGUAUAUCAAUAUUGAUACUGAUGAUGCAGAUGAGUUACAGGACAUCCUAGUAGACCUGGUACACCGGAAACAUGAAGGAGAAAGAGAGAUCCUGCACCAGCUGAUGGAUAACGUGGAUAAGGAGCAGUAUGAGGCUGUGUCAGACAUGUCACGCAAGGAGAGACAGAACGAGAUUGGCCUGUUACGAGAAGACAGAAGAAAGUGGAGAGAAGAAGUGGGAGACACGGUACCCACAGCAGAGGAGCUGAGUAAACAGCAGGGUCAGCAGUUGGAGUGGUUGAGGCAGGCUGCUCUGUUGAAUCUGGCUAAUGUUCUGAGUGAGACCAGUCACGUGGAGUACGACAUGACAAUAGAAAACGAAGAAGAACGAAAAGAAGAUUUCGAGAGGAGAAGAAAAGAAGAAGCAGCAGUGAGCAUGCUCGCACAGUUACAGGAGAAACAAGAUGACGAGUCCGCCAUGUUGCUAGGCAACAUCAAACACAAGGGACUGAGCGAGAUACAGGGGAUGUGUCUGAAGCACAAGAGAGCAGUGACUGAAGGGUGGAUGGACAACAUGGCAGCAGUUUUCCUCGCUAAACAGGCUGCAGCUAACGAAGCUGAACAGGAGCUGGUUAAGGAGCUGGAGAAGAAAUACGAUAACAUCAAGGACAAGCUGAUUCUGCAGAUGCUAGAGCAGCAGAUAGGAGCUGAAGAGUGGGCUAAGUUAUCUGAGAAGGACCGUCAGAAGAAGGUGAUGCAGACUAAGCUUAGGGAGCGACAGCUCCGUGCUGCAGGAAGGGAGGAUGAGGCGGAUGAGAUCUACAAAGCUAUGAUAAACGUGCAGAAGAUGAAAGAAGAAAACGAGGAAGAGUCGAGGAAGAAACAGAAGGACAGGAUAAAAGCAAGACUGGAGUAUAAGAAGAGGAGGCAGGGAGAAGGAGCAUCUAAAGAGGAGAUAGAACAGGAGUUGGAGGAGAUAAAACAGGAGCAGGAGGAACUUGACGGUGCAAACAGAGAGUCAGUAUCUGCUAAAGACAUGCUAGCAAGUCUGAUGUCCAGCUUUGACUCCGAGAAAGACUCUCUUCUAGCACAGAUCAGAGAUGGAGAUGGCAAUAUCAAAAAUGAAAAAGAUCGGCAGUUAGCAUUACUAAAACUAAAACGAGAACGACUGAGAGUGAAGAAAGACGCGGAGAUGGACGCAGCUGCUCUGGUGUUUGGUAAAGCUAAAGCUAAGGAUCAGCAGGUUAAAGACGCCAAGCAACAUCAGCUGUUCCUUGCCAAACAGAGGAUUUUAGCCAGAAAACGGAAGAAGGAAGCAUCACUGGAGAGGGAGGAGGAGGAGGAGAAGGGACUGGAGGAGUUAAAAGACAUCUCCAACGCUGAAGACGCGGUGGUGACGCUCCAAGACUCCAUUAUCCACCUCAUUGAGCAGAAGCACGAGGAGGAGAGGGAAAGUUUCAUGAACAUUGCUCACAAGAUAGCUUCUUUUGAGGUAGUCUCAGAGAAAGAACUGCUAGAGAUAAAGGCUAACACAAAAGAGGAACAGGAAGCUCGAAUAGUUUCGUUACGGAGACAGCGUCUCAGAAGUCUGAAGUCUAUUAAAACUGCUAACGAUCAAGAUGAGGAAGAAGAGCGAUUACUUGAGUUUAAGGAUCUCCAGGAGGCUUACCUUCUUGACGCUGUUGCUGUGAGAAUACUUUCAGAACUAUCCCAUGAACAGGUUGAAACUGAGGAAGUAGAGAAGAAGUCCCUGAGUGAACAGGUAGAGGAGACGGCGGUGAAGCUGCUAGCAACGGUACAGGAACAGCAGGAGCAGGAGAGUGAGGACUUGCUCCACUCGCUCAACGAGAUGGGUGUGGGACAGCUGAGCGAGGUCAGACAGGUGAUACACGGAGAUAUAUCGAGGUCUGUAUACAACAAUCUCUGUGAGGUUAUCCUAGGAGCUCCAACUGAGGACGACUACACUUUCAAAGCAGAUGCCAUGAUGGAGGUGAAAACAAAACGUGACAAAGAUUUAAAAGCAGUAAUGUUAAUACGCCGAGAAGAACGGCGAACAAGAAAAGAUAAGGACAAAGCAAACCUAACCGCCCUGCUAAAAGACCUAAACAGUGAAACCAACAAGUCUGUCGCGGAAGUUACCGAACAGUUUGAGCAAUACAAAGCAGCGCUGGACCACCUUCUAAGCAAGAAAAACCUAACUAACCUCACGAAAGAAGAAGAAGAAAUGCUGGCAAAGAUCCAGGAUAUGCUAUCUACUGUUAACGAUGGAGACAAAAGUGAGGACCCCCUCAAAGGUCUCACUCAAGAGAACAGAGACGAGCUCUACAACCAGUUGAAGCGGGAACAUCAGUCCCAGCUAAACCAGAUAACUGCUCAGAAGGAAGCUCAGAAGAAGGCUAUGUUAGCUAAAAUGAGGGUGAAAGUGGCUGUGAAGGAUAAGAAGGAGGUAGAGGAGGAUCACAUGAGGUCUAUAUUCGGGGACUUUGAGAGGUCCCAGACAAUAGUACGGAGUAAGAGUGUUACAGGGCAGAGUGCUGCUAAAGAGAAACUAGCAGGUAUUCUUGCAAAAAAUAAGGAGGCUGCCCAACUUGCAGCACAAAAACGGGAAGAGCAGAAGAAGAAACAAGGGCAAGAAGAGAAGAAAUCGGAAGAACGGAGAGUGUCGACGGAAGAGGCCAGUCUUCCUUCAACUCCCUCCUCGACCGAGAGACCUGGUGAUAGAUUACUGGGGUCUAGACAGGGCUCUAGAUCUUCAAUGGUCGAGCUGACCGGUAAACUGGGUGACAGUGAUAAGAAGGAACUGCUAGACUCUUUAGUACGACAAGCUACCUCAGCAGAGGUCAAGAAGACCAGACAGAGAGACAAGCAGGCUGAGCAACUUAGAGCUCGUAUUAGAGCUAGGCAGAUGGCUGGAGGGUCAGCCGGUGUAAAACGAGAUAAAGUCCAAGAAGAGGCGGAGGAAAUAUUAGGAGCUAUGGAACGAGACAAAACACAGCUUGAUUUCGUGCAUAAUCAGGAACUUACAAGACAGAAAACCAUAAUAAAGGAGCGAAUAAAGAGGAUCAGAGAGAAGACCCUGACUGGGGCAGCAGCAGAAACCAGGCCCCCUCCCGGUCCUCUCAAACGACAACAGUCUGACCUAGGCAUAUCCUCCCAUCUCACUGCAGAGGAGCAGAAGCUGUCUAAACAGGAGAAGAUGCAGUUAGUGGCAGCAAGAAUGCAGGACAAGUUUAAGAAGAGUGAGGGUGGGGACCAGGGUUUGGCAGCGCUAAGGGAGGAUGAGAAUCUGCAGUAGGAGAAGUCAUGUGACAGUCAUGUUACACUGUUUAUGUGACAGUCAUGCGACAGCUGCAUUCAGUACCCUGAAAUGAUGACAGUAUCAGUGCGAGAAUUUUGUGAAAACUAGAAGGGAAGAAAACCUAUCAUAACUGGAAACUGGAAAGACGCUUGGUUCACAGUAUUUUGCAAACGUUUGAUCAAAAGAAAAAGCAUUUUUCAACAUUCAAAGUUGACUUUUUUCACUAUAAUUCAAAGUUGACCUUUUUAUUUACAAUUUUACAAUAAUUCGCCGAAUGAUUCUAAAUAUUUUAAAUCGUGAGCUUUUAUUUCGAGGAUGCUCUAAAGUUUCUAGUAACUAGUAACCAAUCAUUUACGUAGUUUAUUCAGUAUUGAUUAAUUAAUUCUACUUAUUUUUCAGAUACUAGCUAUUUAUAUCAUACAUUUUUAUUCGACUUUCAGUUUCAACAUUAAAUGUAUUAUAAUAAUUUGUAGUAGUAACAUACAUUUUAUGCAGUUAUAAAAAUUAUGGAGUGAUUUGUAUAUUUUAAUGUUACUCAGACUAAGAUAGAGUAAAAACAUGCAUGUAUUUGAAUUUGAUAAAGAUUAUAUCAACCA